AUGUGCAUCAGAUGUCACUGGGAAUGGAAACAAGCUGAUGUGGGUUGGGCUCAACGAGUCAAUACAAAGCUUGAGUCUGGAUUCAAGGUGCCAUUGCACUUAGAAAGUGCCUCCUCUCUUUCUCGUCCAACAGGAUUAGCACUCUCUCAAGUCACUCAUGCAACAACCAAUGCAACCACUACUGAUACAGCUCCUCCUGUGACACCUGAGGGCUCCAUGUUUGACGAUGAUGUUGAAGCUGAAGAACGCACACCAGAUGAAGCUGAAGGACCUGAGCGCUUGGUAGCAUAUACCCUUGCAAACAUGGGUAAAACAGCACACAAACAGAAAUUGAUGGACAUGAUUGAAGUCCAAGAUAUUCCCCAACCUCUAGCUCCACCAGUUCCUUCGCAGUUGAGACUCCUUCAAUAUAGAUUGGUCAGCACCUGUCCCCAUACUACCCAAUCUGAACCAAAGGACAUCACUGAGGGCCAGGAAGAUGCUGCUGUAUUUGUAGAUGAUGAUGAUGAUGAUGAUGAUUCUAGUGCUGCCAUGAGGAACAUGGGUGGGAAUAAGCAAGUCACUGCAUCAACCAGCGUGGAAAUCGUGGAUAACACUCCUCCAUCCAAGUGUAUCAAAUGA